GUCGUCACGUUCUACCAACCCGGUCUAAUAUAUAUAUAUAUAUGUGUGGAAAAAGAUUUAUAGGUAGGAGAAGCCCAAAGAACCUUAGGGCUCGAUCAGGUGGAUGAACUGGAGUGGAGGCCACCAACGAGAUACCGCCACUUUGUAGAGGAGAGCGCUCCACCUAAGUUUACAUUUAUAAUUAAAUUAUACUCAGAUUAUUGUCAGCAGAGAAGGAGAUAGAGACAGAAAUGGAGAGAGCAAAGAUAGCAGUGGAGAAAGUUGGAAGCAAGUCAACUGUAACAAGAUGCUUCUCAAAGUACCCCCUCAAGUUCAUUGUUCCCUUGAAGGCGGCUCCCUCCAAUAUCGAUGCUGUAUGGAUUUAUAGCCUUACCUAUGGAGGUGGUAUUGUCUCUGGAGACUUAAUUUCAUGUGAAUUUGACAUUGGUGAUAGCUGCACGCUAGUACUUACUACUCAAGCUUCCACAAAGGUUUACAAGUCUAUAGAUUCCAGAUGUUCUGAACAAGUCUUGGAGGCACGAGUUGGGAGCGGUGCUCUCUUUGUUGUAAUCCCAGAUCCUGUGACAUGCUUUUCAACUGCAAGGUAUUCUCAGAAGCAGAUCUUCAGAGUGGUUUCGGACUCGAAUUUGGUUAUUGUCGACUGGAUUACCAGUGGACGACAUGAGAGUGGAGAAAAAUGGGAUUUUGAGCUUUAUAAGAGCACCAACCACAUAUUCUUAGAUCAGGAUCAGCCUCUGUUUCUUGAUACGGUGCUGCUAGAGCAAGGAAGCAUCGUCUCUAUUGCUGAACGCAUGCAAGAGUAUCAAGUGAUUGCAAUGGUCAUACUGCUUGGGCCAAGUCUGAAGCACAUACAGAACCAGGUUCAAGAAAAUGUAAAGAGGAUGAUGUCUGAGCAAUUGCACAUGCCUUCCACAAGUGCAGGCCACCACUAUAGAUCAAAUUCAGAUCCUAAACGCUUGGCCAAACCGACCAUCAUUGCUUCUUGCAGCAAUUUUGGUCCCAAGGGAGUGGGUGUUGUUGUCCGAGUAGCUGCCAUAACAACUGAAUCUGUAUACAGGUUUCUGCAGCGUCAGUUGGUUGGCUUGGAGCCAAUGAUUGGGAUAUCACCUUUUCUUUGAUUAUGUUAUGCAUUAUGACUACUUGCUAAGGUUUAUUCUUUAAUUUUUACCCUAUUCUUUGGAAUUGAAAUUUUGGUUGAGCAAGUGAGAGCAACUGAAAUGUCAGUUAAGAAUUUGGGCCAAGUUGUAUGAAAGUGAAAUACUUUGGUUAUUGUUUUGUUA